AUGCUCCAUUAUUCUCUUCUCUUGGCUCUUUUUGGCUGCGCUUUGGCGUCCUUCAACUCUCUCGGCUACCGUACAAUUCCUACAGUACCCAUUGGCCAGGAUGGUCAAAAUAAGACCAUUAUUAUUUUCAGAAAUGGACAACGGAUAAGAAUUAAUUGCGCUGUGUGCCGGCUGUGCUGUUACGGUAAGAACAUGCAAGUACAAGUGGUUCCUGGACCAGGCAGUCCAGCUCCUCCGAGCCCACCAUUCACAAUUCCAGGACAGAUUCCACCAAGACCAUGGGGACCAGGAACAAAUAUUCCACCAAAACAAAAUGUCCCAGGUGUACCUGGACCAGAUGUUCCAGAAGGAAAUACUCCAGGAUUCCCACCAGCACCACUAGGAAACCAAUACUACCCACUUCCACCGGUCCCAGGAUACGCCACUGCUCCACCAACCACAACUGUCCCACCACCGCCCCCAUGUGUCCCAACAACUACAACAGAGGCGCCAACUACCACAACCACAUCCACUACCACUCCUAGACCACCAUGCAUCUACACUGCUCCACCAACCCAGCCAACCCAACCAACCCUACCAACAACCCGUAAGUCUGUCCCUUUAAUUUUCUUUUUUCAAAUUUCCUCAAAAUUUCCGUUUUCUCCUCAGUUCUCUAUGUUUUUUCCAUCUCUAAUUUGCUCCUCAGUUCCUCCUCCUGCCACCUAUCCAACAGUUCCAACAAAUGGAUAUGCCACGUCACCAACACCAUCUGGAUACCCAACUGCUCCUCCUCCAACUCAAACUACAGUAAUCCCAGUGUAUCCUGUUCCAGAAUGGCCAACAACUGCUCAACCAAUUCCGACCAUUACUCCAAAAGACGGGGAAGUACCACCAGGACCCAAUGGAGAAUGCUGCUUCAUCGAUUUGCGUGCUAUCCAGGCUACCAUAUCCUGUGGAAUCUCUACUGGAUCUCAACAAGGGUGCUGCUCUAAAACCUGCUCCUCGACCUCCCAAAUCCAACGUCAAAUCCAAAUCAACUACCAGCUACUAGCCCGAAUUUUUGGUCUAAUCCCAUCAAGAAUCACAUGCUCCGAUGCCGUCAGAUUUGGAAUUGUUGAGUCUAGAGAGGUCCAAGGUGUCUGUCAGUACAUUCCAUUGCCCAGUACCCUUCCACCAGCCCCAAGGCCAUCUGAGACAACCUCAUGGACCUUUUCCACCUAUUCCACUGAGCCAUGGACCACAGGAACCACGAAAAAGGACGUUAGAACCACUCCUUUCCCAGCUUAUCCAGUUCCAACUGGUCAUCCUGGAUUCACUGUCCCAUCACCUGGAGCUUACGUUGUCCCACCAUCCAAAUCUAGCUCCGCCCCCUUAUCCAUUGUCACCUCUUUCUUGACUAUUGUCCUUGCUACUUUUUAA